AUGUUACUCAAUGAUGAUCCGAAAAAAGAUGACAAAAGUUUAUUGGCAGGGACCAUGAAGUUUAUGGCGCUCGAGAGAUUACAGUUUACUGUAACAUAUAAAAUGACAAUUCAGUGCACGUAUCGUCAUGACCUAGAAUCGUUCUUCUACGUGUUCCUCCUCGGGUGCAUAGAGUUUGAAGGCGAAGAUGACGCGGCGGAGGUAAUAGAAUUGCACAAGUGGAGCUCCAACAAUAUAGACCUCAAUUAUGGCACGAAACUCACAUAUAUGACAAAAUUUUGCAGGUACAUUUUGGAUAUGUUCUCAACGAGUUUCUUUGACUUGAAGGACUUAGUCAUAAAGCUACGGAACAUAUUGUUCGGGGAGGCCCCACCGGAACUAGGCACACCCGAUCACCCGAAUCCCAUGUAUGAAGGAAUGAAAGCGGCAUUCACUAACACAAUAGAACAGAUUAGAGUUAAGAAAAAUAUUUCUAAAUUUGAACUGGCUGCUCAUGUUUGCUCGACCCUUGCUAAUAAAUUAUCAAUGUAUUAG